UCAAAAGGCACAAAACCCUAAAGAACUAUAUGUUUCCAGAAUAGAUACCUAAGGAGACUGGGUACUAUUCCCAGAAGUCACAGCGCGCUGCCGCCAAGAUGGCGGAAUCGGAGGACGAAGACAGUUCUCUGAACCUAACAGGGUUUUUAUUCGGAAACAUCAAUGAAAAAGGAGAACUUGAAGACACAGAAAUAUUAGAUGAGGUAAUUUAUUUUAAUGAAUGGUUUACUGCUGUAAUUGCCUCGCGUAAAAUGGGACUUAUAAUCAACCAGCACGCACCUAUUGUCGAGAAAAGAGUGAAAUGGAAAAAGUUGCCACCUUGGAUGAAUAGCUCUAUCAUUGACUCUGGAAGCAUACUGUUACCAACUGUCGCCCCUGCUGCAUCUACACUGUCCAAACAAGAACAGGAUAGGUUAGCAAUGCCGCCUCCACCAGCGCCCCAGUUAUCUGCAUCCCCAUCAGGCGAGGGAAUGGCAGACCGUGACAAUGCUGAGAAACAAUCAUUAACUACUCCUCUGGCUAGUACAAUUGGAUCAGAGCUGCUGAGUGAAGGUGGUAGGCUCACAACUCAUGAUGGUAAAACAGUCACAGAUCUGUUUCCAGAGUUCCGGCCUGGCCAAGUGUUGAGGUUCUCACGUCUGUUUGGUCCUGCGAAGGCUUCCUCUAUGCCCCAGCAGUGGCGCAAUGCCAAGAAAAGGAAAAAGAAGAAGAAAAAACAAGAAGAUGAAAAACCUGUGAUAGAGCCACCCAAAUCCCCUCCCAGUCCAAGACCUGAGGACUGUAUGUCUGAUGAUGAGGACAAGUUGAUGGCCCCAUGGGAACCAACAACUGACGAACUUAGAGACAUCAAUGGUGACUGGGCAUCCUCUGGAGCCCAGGAUGCCAGCAGUAAAUACAUAUGUGAAUGGCGGAAUGGUCCAGCAGCUCUGUGGUAUGAAAUGCUUGGAGUGAAUGAAGAUGGAACAAACUUAGACUAUGGCUUCAAGCUCAAAGAGAAAACGGAGGAUGAAGCCAAUGCCCCUAAAUCUCCAGAGUCCCUCCCUCCUGGGGAUUGUUUUGAAAUGGUGUCCCAAGUUAACUGGGAAGAUGACAUCAUCUGGACUCUUGACGAUGUGAAACCAAACCUUCAAGCACAAGCUAGAGCAGGAUGGAUUCCCACGGCAACAACGCGCACUGCUCAUGCUUAUGCACUGCAACAGGAACAGCUCUUGCAACAACUUGGAGUUCGGCAUCCAGGUUUAGAAACCUUUUUGAAGAACACUACUUCUGCAAUCAAAGCAAACACUGAGUUUUUAAAUCAGACCAGUAAGCUAGGCACGCCUGGAGAGGAUAGCAAUAACCAGAAAUCUCUAGAAUGGUAUUCGAUAUUUCCAGUGGAAAAUUCAGAGCUUGUUUAUGGCAACUGGGAAGACAAGAUUAUUUGGGAUGCAGAGAACAUGCCAUCAAUCCCUUCUCCCACCAUAAUGCAACUUGAUCCAAAUGAUGAGAACAUCAUUCUUAGUAUUCCUGAAGAUACUGGUCCAGUUGUGAAGGAAAAUACAUCAACACUCACUCCAAAGAAGGAACGCGAGAAAGAGCGUUUGGCAUCAGGUGGAGGUGAAAUGUUUUUUAUGAGGACGCCGGCUGAUCUAACAGGGAUGGAUGGUGACCUUGUGUUGUUUGAAUACUGUGAAGAAUAUCCCCCGCUCAUCAUGGCUGUGGGCAUGAAUGCAAAAGUCAGAAACUAUUACAAGAGGGUGAGUAGGAAAAGAGAUUUUAUCAUCGUUGUUUUACAGGCUUUCGAAUGUAACUUGUUCAGAGCUCCCAUUUUCCAGCACGGGUUACCCGAGACGGACUUUCUGGUCAUCAGAAAUCCUUCGGGGUAUUGGAUUCGUGAUGUGAAAACAAUAUUUACAGUGGGACAGGAAUGCCCAAAGUUUGAAGUUCCAGGACCAAACUCUAAAAAAGCCAACAUCCACGCCAGGGACUUCCUGCAGAUUUUUAUAUAUCGUCUGUUCUGGAAAAGUCCAGACACACCCAGAAGGAUCAAGAUGGAUGACAUCAAGCGAGCUUUUCCUAUGCACUCCGAAAGCAGCAUUAGAAAACGACUCAAGCUUUGUGCUGACUUUAAAAGAACAGGCACGGACUGUAACUGGUGGGUGCUCAAGAGUGAUUUCCGUUUGCCGACUGAGGAAGAGAUGCGUGCUUUGGUGUCACCUGAGCAGUGCUGUGCGUUUUACAGUAUGUUGGCGGCCGAGCAGAGACUCAAGGAUGCAGGUUAUGGAGAAAAGUCUCUUUUCUCCUGUGAUGACGACAACGAUGACUCUGAAAGUAAAAACAUCGACGACGAGGUUCGCACAGCACCAUGGAACACUACGAGAGCGUUCAUUUCAGCCAUGAAAGGAAAAUGUCAACUGGCAGUCACAGGUUCGGCGGACCCCACCGGGUGUGGGGAGGGAUUUUCCUACGUCAGAGUACCUAACAAGCCCAUGGCAAACAAGGAUGAUUCAAGCACCAGCUCACCGCAGAUACGAAAACAGAAGACUGUUACAGGAACAGACGCUGAUCUGAGAAGACUGUCCCUUAAGCAAGCGAGACAAGUGUUAAGGAACUUCAGAGUAUCAGAUGAAGAGAUUCGCAAACUUUCAAGAUGGGAAGUUAUUCAUGUUGUUCGCACAAUGUCCACAGAGGCGGCCAAGUCUGGAGAAGAAGGUAUGAGCAAGUUUGCCAGAGGAUCAAGAUUCACAAUUGCUGAGCAUCAAGAACGCUACAAAGAAGAAUGCCAAAGAAUAUUUGACUUACAGAACAGGGUUCUAUCAUCAACUGAGGUUCUGUCCACAGAUGAGGAGAGUAGCAGUGAUGAAGGAAGUGAUAUCGAUGAAUUGGGCAAAAACCUGGAAAGCAUGUUAGCCAACAAGAAAACCAGCAUGCAGCUCACUCAUGAAGAAGAAGAGGCUGAGAGAAGAGAACUUCAGAAAUUAUUGAGCGAUGACAAACCUAGCAAGGAAUCUAACGGCAAGAAUUCAGGCGAAAAGGGUGGAAAGGAAGGGCUUAAGAAAGAUAGCAGAGGAGAUGACGAUGAAACAGCUUCAGUGACUAGUUAUGAAUCAUCCAUGGUUGGACGUCGUCUUCGAAUAAGAAGAACGUUUAAAACAACCGACGGAAAGGAAUUUGUUCGCAUUGAAGUCGUUAAAAACCAGGCUGUGAUUGAUGCUUACCUCAAGUUUAACAAGGACAAGAACGUCAAAGCCCAGUUUGCAAGCAAUGAUGAGGUCCACAAAGAGGAAAUUCGUAGAGAAAAGAGAAGGAUUCAAGAACAGUUACGAAGGAUUAAGCGAAACGAACAAAAGGAGAAAUUGCAGCCGGUUAAAAAGAAGAAAGAAAAGCCACCUAAUAAUUUGAAGUGUGGUGCUUGUGGAGCGAUAGGACACAUGCGAACAAACAAGAACUGUCCGAACUACCAGGAAGCUAACCCUGGCUCUGUGACAGUAGCCAUGACUGACGAGCAAGUGGCUGAAGAAGAACUGAACAUGCCCCAGGAUGAUUUGGUGAAAGUAGAAGGAACGAAAAUUACUCUUGGAAAAGCAUUCCUCGAUCAAACAAACGAGCUGAAGCGGAAAUCACUUGUUCUGCGAUUCCCCAAAGAAUCUGUUCGAAAGAAGAGGCGUUCUGGAGUGAUGCACUGUGACUAUCUGAAGAAACCUCGGAAGUCUAUCAACCGUCGUAGGGCAAAUCCUGAGGUGGCUCUGCAAGUUGUUUUUGAGGGAAUUCUUAACAAAAUGAAAGAAGUUGACGAAACAUGGCCAUUCCACCAUCCUGUAUCAGCAAAAACUGUUCCUGAUUAUUACAACAUUGUUAAAAUUCCCAUGGAUCUACAGACAAUGCGAGAGAAUCUUCGAAAGUGUAAAUAUCUGUCCAGAGAGGAGUUUCUCGAACACGCUUCCUUGAUCGUGUCAAACAGUGUUCUGUAUAACGGUCCUACGCACACUUACACUGGUUCAGCUCAACAAAUGUUGGAAGUCUGUAACAAGGCGUUGAACGAGAAAGAAGAUGAAAUCAUUCAGCUGGAGAAAGAGAUAAACCCCAUGCUUAGCGACGAUCCACAGAUCGCGUUUUCUUUCUUCCUGGAAAAUCUCGUCGCACAGUUGAAAGGAUUGCAAGAAAGUUGGCCUUUCCAGAAGCCUGUGUCGUCUAAGCAGGUGCCUGAUUAUUACGAUGUCGUUAAGACUCCAAUCGACCUUCUGACCAUCAGACAGCAAGUGCAAGGACACGCUUAUCAAAAUAGGGACGAGUUUAUGGAACACGUGAAAAUGAUGCACAGAAACAGUGUUAUCUAUAACGGCGAAUCACAUGAGUUUUCUAAGAUGGCCGAGAAACUGAUCCAGUUUUGUGAGGAGGCCCUGAGGGAGAAUGACGAACAGCUAUCCAAGUUGGAGAAUGAAAUUUUACUCACUCCAGGAGACGACACGUCAUCAUACGCCGCUAGUCAGCCGCCUUCAGUACCAGGACCGGAGUGGUCAAUGGAAAACAGCAUGGAUGACUUCCCAGAAGACUCCAUGAAGGAUGAGGAGAGCAUGAUGGACGUGUUAGACGCAGAGGAACUGGACACGACGAGCGAAGAUUACAGGGACUUCAGGGCCAGUCUGAGCACUCCUGUCUCAGCACCAGACCAAUCUUCUCGAAUGGACGCAGACUUUGACGAAGAGGAAGACGUGGACAUCGAGGGUUACGACGAUGACGAAAGCACAUCACAAAGCUACACAAAACAGGAAAGUCUUGGAUCACAACCACAGCUUGGAAGCGAACAAGAUUCACAGGACGUUACACAAUUUGAGAGCAUUUUACUGCAAGAUCUUGAACACAGUGAAAGCGAGAGCGACGAGGAAGAUGAUUUCCCUUUUGGCGAUGGAGAUGACGAGGAAGAGGAAGAUAUUGAGGAGGAAGAUGAGCAAAUCAACUUCUCCCCUGGUGGAGGAGAAAACAAUGAUACGAUAAAUAACACAACGGAGGACUUAUCGGGCGAUGAAAUAUAAGCUACGACAAAAAUAGUUCAAUGUUCUGUAGUUGGACUAUUGGUGGAUUUGCGAUUCUUGUUCUCCAAUCAAAUAAAACCUGUAAGGGGUCUCAACAUUACGAUGUCAACUCGAUAUCAUGUGACUUCCCAUUGCGUGGCAACACCUCCGACACCAACAUCCGGGUUCAGUCCCCUCUCGUAAGUUAAUGUGCCAGUCAUUUUCACUUGGUGUCAUUAUCGUAUUCGUGCUGUUUAGUAUUUAUAUUUGAUUUGAUAUCCCGAAAUUUCAUUUCAAAAUUUAAGACUAAGAACUUGCCUACAGGAAUGAUAUUAAAGCAUACAGGUGGUUUUCGAAAACUGUGACAACUUAAGUCGCGUAACGCAAUAUUCGUCGACUGGAAUGUCACGGUAUUGUAUUAAUUAAAGAGUGUAGUUUUCGAUUUACUCAUAAGUGGAAAACUCAAGAAAAAUUUUAAUAUUAAGUUAUAUGAAGUGUCAACGGUAUGGCGCGUUUAUCCGUGGAAAAAGAAACAAACACAAGCGUGUUGUGUAAAUAAAUAGCUACCCAGGCUCAGAAAUAAAACAAACGAUUUGUAUUGCUA